CCCUCCUGCAUCCCAAGCUGUCGUUGAGCUCAUGCUCACCCCCCUCCACCUCGUUGCAAGUCGGAUUCCCGUGGUGAUGACAUUGUCAGGGGCUCAAAUCUUAAACAAUGUCCAGCUGGCAGCAGCUCGUCCGGCCAACAAAGCACGAGUGGGCAAUUUCAUUCCGCCAAAAGCCUCCGUGUUUCCCGACAUCGAGAUGAGCCAGACCAACAAACCCCCCUCCUUCUUCGUCAAUCCCAGACACGGGCUCCCACCCGCAUCACUGCCAACUUCCACACUGGUUGAUCAGCGAACACACUGAGGAUUUUCCCCAGAAUACGCGAGAAUGAUGGAUGCUCUCCAAGAAGCACGUGUAUACGAGUUGCGAGAGAAACCGGACCAAACAAGGCUGUUAGUUAUUGCGCAACCUCAGCCACAUGGCGCCAAG